AUGACAUGCUAUGCAUCCCCCAAAAAUGCCAGUUACUAUGGCAACAGGGCAGCCACCCUCAUGAUGCUGUAUCGUUUUCGAGAAGCCCUUGAAGACUCCCAGCAGGCUGUGCGUCUGGACGACCGUUUCAUGAAGGGGCAUCUACGCGAGGGCAAGUGCCACUUGUCUUUGGGCAACGGCAUGGCGGCCAGUCGCUGCUUUCAGAAGGUUCUGGAGCUGGAUCGCAGCAACAGAGAGGCCCAGCAGGAGAAAAAGAAUGCUGCAGUGCUGCUGGAGUACGAGCGGAUGGCAGAUUUUGCUUUUGAUAAACGGGAUUUUAGAAAGGUGGUGUUCUGCAUGGACCGGGCCCUAGCUUUGGCCCCUGCCUGUCAUCGCUUCAAAAUCCUGAAGGCCGAGUGUCUCGCUCUGCUCGGACGAUACCCAGAGGCUCAGUCUGUGGCGAGUGACAUCCUGCGUAUGGACUCCACUAAUGCAGAUGCUCUGUACGUUCGAGGUCUUUGUCUUUACUACGAGGACUGCAUUGAUAAAGCUGUGCAGUUCUUCGUUCAGGCUCUGAAAAUGGCUCCUGACCACGAAAAGGCCCGACUAGCCUGCAGGGUCCAGACAGUGGCGGACCGGGUCCCCGACGUGGCGGACCGGGUCCCCGACGUAAACAGCUCGGUUCAGCGGUUUGCAGGUCCAACAGCGGUGGACUGGGUCUCUGCAGGCCUCACUAGCCGAAGCAGCUCUCUGACCAGCUCGUUAGCCAAACGUUAG